UUGACAAACAAUUUGUCAAGCCAAGACCCAACCAAGUGUUGUUUUUCUCGUAAAAUGUUUGAAUAAAUAAAUAUUCACAAUUUACAAAAAAAAGUGUGUUUUUAAAUUUCCAUCUGAUAUGUAGGUAGUUGCAUUUUAUGUAACAAAAUUUUCAUAAUAACAAUCAAAAAGCAGAAUCAAUUGUGCUCCAAAAUGGGCGAUUCGGAGUUUGCUUACGGAUCCUCAAUAUCCCUUGAUUCCAUGAAAGUAAUAGCGGAGAGUAUAGGAAUAGCAAACCUUGGAGACGAUGCUGCUAAAGAAUUAGCUGAUGAUGUUUCAUAUCGCCUGAAAGUGAUAGUUCAAGAUGCAAUGAAGUUCAUGCAUCAUGCGAAAAGACAAAAACUAUCCAUUACUGACAUAGAUCACACAAUGAAAACCAAAAAUAUUGAGCCACAGUACGGAUUUAUACAGCCGGAUUCACUUCCAUUCAGGUUUGCUUCCGGUGGUGGCAGAGAGCUUCAUUUCAUUGAAGAGAAAGAGAUAGACUUGUCUGACAUACUCUCUGCCCCACCGCCUAAAGUGCCACUGGAUGUAUCGGUGAGGGCACAUUGGCUAAGUGUGGACGGGGUGCAGCCUACGGUGCCAGAGAACCCUCCACCGCUUUCAAAAGAGGCACAGAAGCUUGAGUCUGUUGACCCUAUUACUAAACUUAGCAAGCCAACCAAUAAAGAUGCUGCAGGGAAACCCAUGUGUGGUAAAGCAGCAAGACUAAAAGCCUCUGAGUCUGUUCACGUGAAGCAAUUGGCCACUCACGAGCUUAGCGUGGAACAGCAACUUUACUAUAAGGAAAUAACAGAAGCCUGUGUCGGUAGCGAUGAAGGGAGGAGAGCGGAAGCACUACAGUCCCUUGCCUGUGAUCCUGGUCUUCAUGAGAUGUUGCCUCGUAUGUGCACAUUUAUCUCGGAGGGUGUGAAAGUGAAUGUGGUGCAGAACAACCUAGCAUUGCUUAUCUAUUUGAUGAGAAUGGUAAAGGCAUUGUUGGACAACCAGUCUUUGUAUUUGGAGAAAUAUCUACACGAACUCAUACCCUCUGUGUCGACGUGCAUCGUGUCGCGGCAGCUGUGCCUGCGGCCCGAGAUGGACAACCACUGGGCGCUGCGGGACUUCGCCGCGCGGCUCAUGGCGCAGAUCUGCAAGACCUUCAACACGUCCACCAACAACCUGCAGACGAGGGUCACCAGAUUAUUCGCCAAAGCGCUUCAAUGCCCGUCGCAGACCAACAACGAGACGGGCGUCGGGCCGUCUAUGGUCACGAGCAUGAAGGAGUCCGAGAAAACUCCGCUCGCCUCUCUUUAUGGGGCCGUGCAGGGAUUGGCUGAGCUUGGACCCGAAGUCAUAAAGGUGUUCAUUCUGCCCCGCGUGCGGUGGCUCGGCGAGCGCGUCGAGGGCGCUCUGAGCGGGCUGGGCGGCGCGGACCGGCUCGCCGCCGGGAACCUCAAGCACCAGCUGUUGAAGGUGCUAGCGCCGGUGGUGCGACAGCUGAGACAGCCGCCUGAUGUGCCCGAGGAGUACAACUCAAUGAGCGGUCUCGGUGGCGCGGACCGGCUCGCCGCCGGGAACCUCAAGCACCAGCUGCUCAAAGUGCUGGCGCCGGUGGUGCGCCAGCUGAGACAGCCGCCCGACGUGCCCGAGGAGUAUAACGGGCUGGGCGGCGCGGACCGGCUCGCCGUCGGGAACCUCAAGCACCAGCUGUUGAAGGUGCUAGCGCCGGUGGUGCGCCAGCUGAGACAGCCGCCCGAUGUGCCCGAGGAGUACAACGGGCUGGGCGGCGCGGACUGGCUCGCCGCCGGGAACCUCAAGCACCAGCUGUUGAAGGUGCUAGCCCCGGUGGUGCGACAGCUGAGACAGCCGCCCGACGUGCCCGAGGAGUACAAACGUGACUAUGGUUACCUCGGGCCGAGUUUGCAGCAGAUGGUGGGCAAACUUCGCGCGUCGCCGUCGGCGAGCGGUGGCGGCGGCGCCGUGGCUGUGGUCACGUGCACGCCGCCGCUGGUGCCCGCGCCCGCCGCGCCCGCGCCUUCGCCCUCACCGUCGCAUGUUGUUAAGACUCUUCGCGCGUCGCCGUCGGCGAGCGGCGGCGGCGGCGCCGUGGCCGUGGUCACGUGCACGCCGCCGCUGGUGCCCGCGCCUGCUGCACCCGCGCCCUCGCCCUCUCCCUCGCAUGUUGUUAAGACUGUGGGCAAGCUGCGCGUUCGUCUUCGCAAGUCGUCAAAACUGUUGGUAAGUAGUAGCUUGCAGCAGAUGGUGGGCAAGCAUCGCGCGUCGCCGUCGGCGAGCGGCGGCGGCGGCGCCGUGGCCGUGGUCACGUGCACGCCGCCGCUCGUGCCCGCGCCCGCCGCGCCCGCGCCUUCGCCAUCGCCGUCUCACGUCGUUAAGACUGUCGAGUCGCUGAGCACCCGUAACGUGGUGAUCGCGUCGCCGGCGCCGCAGUCGCCGGCGCCGGGCACGCCGCCGCCGCAAAAGUUCGUCAUCGUCGCCUCCCAGCAGAAACCACCACAGGCGCAGCCAGCCGGCGGCCAUAUCGUGGUCCACAGCUCACAGCCCACGAUCGUGCGAAGUCAGAACGUCCAGUCGGUGGUGGUGACCAGCGGGCCGGCGGGCGCGCAGCCGCCGCAGAAGGUGAUGGUGGUGGGCGUGCAGCCCGCCGCCGGCCAGGUCAGCCAGGCGCCGGUGUCGGUGGUGACGAAGCCGGUGUUCGCGCGCGGCGCGGCGGGUCAGCAGCCGCCGCCCGAGCUCGACGACCUGUCUCAUCUCGCCUGACAGCCGCGCACCUUCAGCUUCACAAUAGUCAAGCAGUACACCAGAAAAAAACCGCAAUAGCAACCUGCGCUUCGAUACUCACAAUAGUGACGCUUAGUGCGCGUUCUUGCACACGCGGAGCUUGAAUAUCGCUUAAAACUGUGGUUUCCGCGCGCAUUUAUAAUAUCAAUUGGACGAUUCUCAGUGCUUAGGGCACGUUGACGUUUUAGAGAUGUGUAUAGUAAAUGUGUGCAAACGGCGCCAAGACCACGCCGCACACUUCGUGCAUGAACGUGACCUUGGGUGUGCUCUACACAGAAAAGAUGAGUCGAAAUUAAGAAUGAAUAAAUCUCAGUUAAAAAUAAUGAAUAACCCAUAUCAGUAUCUUUUUUGUGUGGAACAUAGUAUUGAAUGAAAUCAGUAACGAUUGAAAAUAGUUUAUAAUAUUUUCUAGAUAUUUAAAGACGGAAUACGUUAGUUAAGUAAAUCCUGUUCUUUUUUGUGAUCGACUUCAUGCAUUUUUGCAGCGUUAUUAAGAGGUUCUAUUAUUUUUAAAUAAUUUUAUUAAGUUGCUCAAAUUGAACAAGCAUCUGUAUUUAAAAAAUAUGAAAAUUUUCAAGUUAAAUAUUGCCCACAGUAUUUAAAGAAUUUGUUGUGUUUGAGCAGCAGAGUAAUAAUUUAAGUUAAACAAUGAAAUGUGACCACAACCAUAUUUAAUAUUGUACAAUUUAUUGACAAUUUUAUUUGUGUAAAAUAGGUUUAUUACAAGCUGUACCUAUACAAUUUUAUACGAAAUACGAAUGACGCCGAGUCGGUAUAGAAAUAAUAGGUGUCUGAUAUAACUAAAUAUUAUAGCAAUAAUAGAUCCAACUGUCUUAAAAAUAAUUUCCAUGUACAUUAUUGAUGUUGUAAUUAGCAAUUUUAUUGUUAUGAUUAAUACAUUCACAUUCAGAUGUAUUCUAUCGAAUACUUAGUUGCUAUGUUUUAAGUUUUUGUUCCUAAGAAAAAUACGCUACAGACCACAAUGCCUAUUGGCACGAUAGAGGAAGAAAGAUCACUUCUUCAUCAAAGUGAGUAAUAUUUUUUAGGGGCGCAGUAGCGCUUUUAGAAAAUGCUAUUUUCUGAAAUCACUCCACUUUAUGUGCUCUAAGCGCUCCUCAGCGCUAUUGUUUCAAAAAUCAAGAACUUGUGGCGUUAUGAGGUAUAAUAUUAAUAUUUGUUUGUAAGUUUAUUAUUGAUGUCAGUAGAUUUUAUUAAGUAUCAUUAAUAAGUAUAGUAUGUCGACUAAACACGUAACACGAUACUAAUAGUGUAAUUGGGAUACCGACUCUUACUAAAUCUGGUAAAUUACAGCACAAAACAGAAUUUUGUAUCAUGGGCAAAAUAUGCAAUUUUCUCAAUUUUUUAUGUAAAGAAAUAUAAAUUUAUAAUCAAUUAAUAAAUGCUAUGAUAUUA